UCUUCUUUAAAACUGUUUUUCAGUGUUCUAGGCAUGUUUGCUUUUAUCUUCCGUAAUUUGGAAUUGACUUCUGGACUGAAGCUAGGAGCUGUCUAAGUAAUUUCUCAAGUCACAUUGCUUGACCUCAGGCCAUGUACUUUUUAGUGAGGGAAGAAAACUGUCAGCUGGUCUGAAUGAUGCAGAAUUUAAAACAAUCCAGCUACAGUUGUCUAUGCAAUCUUGUAAUAUUAAAGUAAAUAAUUUUUAAACAACAACAACAACAAAAUAUUUAAAAUAUAAUUUCAAAAUUGGUAAGAAUUACCUUACACUUACUGUAGGCAGUUUUUCUUAUGGGAAAUUGCCAGAUUUUCCCUCAAGACCAAAGUUCCUUACUUUACAAAGUAUGAGCCUGUACCAGUAGCCUCUGAAACAGCUGUAGUGGGUUUGGCAUUACUUCUUGGUUUAGCUCAUAGGAAACAUCUAGCCAUAAUUUUCGUGUCUACUGAUUGUGGAGUGUGUUUGACAAACUUUAAAUGUGUUCAGAAAAAACUUCUUAUUUUUGUGCUGCUUCACAUAAUUUGUGUAGCUAAUCAUGCUUUAUCCCUUAAUCUUUAUUCUGUUGUGGCCAGGAGACAUGCUUUGGGUUAUAGUCUUGGAAGGAUUCAGUCUUUUAAAAGCAAGGUUGCUGUGUGAUUUGUGGUAAAUUGCAUUUGUGUAUCUCAGAUCAUAAUGUUAUGUGGCUCUGGUGCUGUUUUCAGAAUGUGUAACUAAACCACUAGUCUGGUGGAAUGAAAAAAAACGAACAAAAAACGAAGAGGCAUUCAGAGUAUAACUCCUAUAGCUGCAUAUGCUUGUUCUUGUCAGCCUAUAUUUUCAGUUCCAAGGAACAGCAGUUAUUAAACUUAAUUUUAUCCAAUCUGUAAGACUAUUAUUUUCUUCCAUUUUGAUAAACAAGAUUUUUCUUCUUUUUCCUUUUUAUAGGUUUUCUUGAUGGUAUGUUAAUAUGUUUUUGGUCAUACAUACUAUGAUACUUUGGAAGUGAUUGGAGUUGCAGCAGGCUUCUCCCACCUCCUGCUGUCAGAAUUGCAGUGCUUUUUACCUGCCUUGGGAGGCUCUUUUGUGCCAGUGUAGCUUUUAGUGCUGCCUCUCCCCACCUGACCCGUGUGGCUGGUGUGGGAAAGCACACUGCAGAUGUCAGGAUCUUCAAAACACACCUCAAGUGGAAGGCAUUUGGAGGGGGUGUCUGGAUUAGAUUUUAUUUGUUUGCUGCUCCAUGAAGAGAAAGUAUUCUGUGCCUCUCAGAUUCUCUUGACAUCAGUGUUAUCAUCCAGACAAGGCUAAGAACAAAAAAAGGAAGCAAGUUCAUUCUAGCAAAGCAAAAUGAAAGUUGAAGCUUUAUAUCAAACCACUUAUCCAGAGUAUCUGCAGUACAUUUACCUAGUGGCUCCAAUAUCGCUUAUGAUGCUAAACCCUCUGGGGUUUAUCUUCUGUGAAAUCCAGAAGUGGAGGGAUAAUCGCACUGUGUCACACAGCAAAAUCAAAAUAGUGGGCCUAGCACUCCUCCGAGUUUUGCAGAACCCAAUUGUGUUCAUGGUCUUCAUAGGAAUCGCCUCAAACUUUAUUCUUGGCCAGAAAGUUCCCGAAUACCUUGAAAACUUCCUUGAUGGACUGGGCAGUUCAUUUUCUGGCUCUGCACUUUUUUACCUUGGACUGACUAUGGUGGGACAAACAAAAAAACUGACAAAGGGUAUGUUUGUUGCACUGAUCCUUCUCAUCACAGCCAAACUACUUAUGAUGCCGUUUCUCUGUAGAGAAAUGGUGGAACUCUUGGACAAGAGUGACAGCAUAGUCAACCACACCAGUUUAUCAAACUAUGCAUUUCUUUAUGGAGUUUUUCCAGCAGCACCUGGUGUCGCAAUAUUUGCAAGUCAAUUUAAUAUGGAAGUAGGAAUUAUUACCUCAGGCAUGGUGAUAAGCACUUUUGUGUCUGCUCCCAUUAUGUACGUUUCUGCGUGGCUGUUGACCAUUCCGUCCAUGGACCCCAACCCACUGACAUCUGCACUCCAAAAUGUCAGCUUUGACAUAAGUAUCGUCAGCCUCGUUUCUCUGAUCUGGUCUCUUAUUGUUGUUCUUCUGAGUAAGAAAUACAAACAGCUUCCUCAUAUGAUUACAACAAAUCUACUUGUUGCUCAGUUUAUUGCUUGCAUUGGAAUGGUGGUAUGGAAUUUCGUUGUUAAAGAGGAAGACAUCACCAUGCAGAUCCUAGUAUUUAUAUUCCUCUACAGCUCGCUUUAUAGCACCUACCUGUGGACAGGUUUUCUAUCUUUCUCUUUGUUUCUGUUGAGGAAGAGAGAAACAGUAAAGAUCCCUAUCGGGUUUAUUAUCAUAGCUGGAUGGGGAGUCCCAACAGUUCUGGUGGGAAUCUUACUAAUUGUUGGUAAACCUAACAACACUAGCAUUGACUCUGCCUUUUUCUAUGGAAAACACCAGAUAAUUACCACAGCAGUGAUCCUGUUCAUCAGUAUAGUGAUGUCAGGUAUCUCACUUAUGUGCAUGAACAGAAACAGGCAAGAGUCAAGCUAUGAGGUAUUGAACCCAUAUUCACCACGUAGCCAAGUAGAGGGGGUUGAAGUGGAAGUGAGGGAAGGGAACGGAGUUUCAGCCACUGGGCCUCAGCUUUCUGCAGGAUCUUCUGCACAGCAUUCUCCAGGAUGUUCUCCACAGCCAUCUACAGAAAGAGGUUGCUGUUCUUGCCAGACAACAAAUGGUGAAUUAUGCGGUGCUAGAGAGAGCAAAGCAGCUUACAGUGCUGUUGAAAGCAAGGUUCCUCCUAUUGAGACAGCUGAUCAGUGUGUGAGUCACUGCAGUGCUCAAACCUGCGUGUUGGCUCAGGAGGAACAGCUGCUACAGACCGGAGACAAACAGCUGGCCAGACACGUGCUGCUGUGCUUACUUCUGAUUGUUGGCCUCUUUGCUAAUCUUUCCAGUUGUUUGUGGUGGCUGUUCAAUCAAGAGCCUGGAAGACUAUAUGUGGAAUUGCAGUUCUUCUGUGCUGUGUUUAAUUUUGGUCAGGGCUUCAUUUGUUUUGGUAUUUUUGGCUUAGAUAAGCAUUUAAUCAUUCUGCCAUUUAAACGAAGGCUUGGAUUUCUCUGGGGAGGAAGAGAAGUAGCAGUGCAUACAGAUCCCUGUGUGCCUGAGGAGAUCAGGAUGACCUGUCAACAGUUUGUCCAUUAUCAUAGAGAUCACUGUGUCAAAAACAUUGUCAAAGGCAGAAGGUGUGGUGCUCAGAUCUCCACCGGCAUCUUCUUUGGCUGUGACCUGGUGAACUGGCUCAUGCAAGUUGGCCUGGCCUCCGACCGUGGUGAAGCUGUGAUGUACGGAGACAGACUGAUGAAAGGAGGCGUCAUCCAGCACAUUACGAAUGAAUUUGAAUUUCGGGAUGAAUAUUUGUAUUACCGCUUUAUUCCCAAGAGAUCAGUUGCAGUUGAGAGCCGUUGAGCUGAGCGUGUGGGCAGAGGACGGGCAGUUGGGGCAAAUGUGACCUUCUCCUCUGCCGUAUUUCUUUCUCAGGGCUCUUAGAGAAUUGUGUUAUUUUCUCUCAGAAAGUUAAGAGAUGUGGUUCUACUUACUUCUGUUCUGAAGAAAAUGAUAGCAAGUGAUAUUUAGUGAGUGUUCCAACCAGAACGCACCUGGAACAAAAUAAGAUGCUCUGGAUUUAGAGCAUUUUUUCCGUUUUGAGUCAAACAAACUGUAAACCAAUAGGUCAGUGUCGUAUUAUAGAGGCAUUAUAACAGCAGCUUUAGUGAUCAGUGCCACAAUGACAAAAAAAAAAACAUGAAUGAAAGGUAUUUUUAAUGUUGCUGUAUUUUUUCCUUAUUUUACUGUCAUGAAGUACUGAUUCCAGUUUAUGGCCAGGCUUCUCCCUGACAUCACAGAAGCAAUUUCUUCUAUUAUACCCCAGAUUUUACCACUCUACUCUUGUCUAACACCAGGAACAACUUCUAGCUGUUUACACCUCAGAUCAGGUGGGUUUUUUUCUCCCUUCAAGAUAAAAUACUCCAUUUGUAAAAGUAGGAUCAUUGGAAGAUUAUUCCAAUAUUGGAGGAUUAAAGCUGAGGAAAUAUGGAGUGAAAUAAAUAAUGGUUUUGUACAAACUUAACAAAUCUUAAAAACAUAUAAAAAUACUCAUCCGUCCCCCAAGUCAGGAAAUUGUAUAUUGGAAUUUCAUAUAAACAAUUGGGUUUGAAGUUUUGCCUUAUCAUGGUAGUAACAGCUUUGUCAAGAGCAGAUGUUUAUCUUCUGAAAUCAGCUUUUCCUAUUUCAUUCAGAAGUGCUGGCCUCAAUUAAAGAUGUUAUGGAAGCCUUGGAUACCUGUGCAAGCUGAGAUGAAAAAUUUUAUCAAAUCAUAAAACCUUUCAAAUGAAGUACAAUGGCUUUUAAAUCUAUUAACUGAACAUCCAAGUUAGGGUAUAGAAUAGCUAAAGAUCCUAAAAUUUUAGUAUUGGUUGCCUAACACAGGUUUCUAAUCAGCCUCAGGUAUCCCCUUACAAUGUUUAAAUAGUUAUUCUAAGUGUCAUUCAGAUUCCUGUGAACUGCAGGAAGAAUCAGAGAAUCUGUGUGUGUUCUGCAGUAUUUUGAAAAUGUUAAAGACAAACUGUAGUAUCCAAUAGCCAUUGUGCUGUCCUUUAAAAACUGCAAGAAUGGCAUUUAUAUGGCUACAUAAAAUUUUUAUCUGGUAAGGGAGAGGAACCCAGGUAGUAAAAAAAAAAAAAAUAUUAUUUGUUCAAGCAUAUGUGUAACUCUUCUCAUCCUUUUUUUUUGAAAAAGUCUUUCCCUUUGUUUUUCAUUUUUUUUAGUACACAGGUUUUUAUUAUAGCUAUUUAUGCAUCUACAUUGUAUUAAGAAUUAAGUGAUUUUUAGCAGCAUAAACUACUGUUCAAGAGACAAUUGUCUUAUGAUAGCUAUAACUCCAUGCAAGACUUAUAUUGGAAAAAUAUCUGCAGUCUGCACAGAAACAUAACUAAAUCCUACUGCAUGUGUGUGCUAUACAAACUGACAUAUUUUAAUGCUUUCCAGCAACAAAGUAAUUGAUGUUUGUAUCAGGCGGUGGUCACAAUGGAAAACAAUAGUGUAUUUCCGUUACAAUUGCUGAGAACAACUAGAUGAAAUGUUUUUGAAUAAUCAGAUCUACUUGACUUAAGAGCAGAAGCCGUGAUUAUGUCUGGCUUCUAAACAAUGAAACUUGUCAAUAAAUCUGUUAAUUGA